AUCCAUCCUCCGCCCAUCUUCCAUCUCCCAUCGCCUCAACCCUCCCUCUACACGCUCACAUCCCCCCUUAGCUCUUGGAACUCGACCCGGAAAUUCAUAUUCGAUCCUAUUCUGAGCUUCUAGUCGUGCAAUUCUUUCUCAACCAUGAGUUCCCCUUUCGAUAUCAAUGGCGGUGCCUGCGUCGCCAUGGUGGGCAAGGACUGCGUCGCAAUCGCCUGUGAUCUCCGGUUGGGUAUGCAGGCCCUGACUGUCUCCAACAACUUCCCCAAGAUCUUCAACUACGGCCCCUCCACCUUCCUCGGUCUGACCGGCCUGGCCACCGACGUGUCGACUGUGUCCGACCUUUUCCGGUACAAGGUCAACAUGUACCGCCUCCGCGAGGAACGGAACAUUGCCCCCCAGACUCUCGCCAACCUGGUCAGUUCGUCGUUAUACGAGAAACGGUUCGGUCCUUUCUUCGUCAGCCCCGUCAUUGCCGGAAUCAACAGCACAACGGGGAAGCCUUUUAUCUGCGGAUUUGACAGUAUCGGGUGUAUCGAUUUUGCGAAGGACUUCAUUGUUAGCGGAACUGCCAGUGAGCAGCUGUUUGGUACCUGCGAGGGUCUGUGGGAGCCGGACUUGUCCCCCGAGGACCUGUUCGAGACCAUCUCGCAAGCCUUGCUCAGCGCCGUCGAUCGAGACGCCCUUUCCGGUUGGGGUGCACAGGUGUAUAUCAUAGAAAAGGACAAGGUGACCAAGCGUCUACUGAAGGGAAGGCAAGAUUAGAUGGCAUUCUCUGGAGUAUAAUUGUUUUCUAAUGUCACGCCGUUCGUCUGUUUUAAUUUACGUCCCUCAACAUGGAAUCUUGCUGUUGAUAGCAGUCUCUGGCGCCGGAGAUCUCGACUCAAAGAUACGUGCUGUCGAUAGAGAUUGGCCAAACAGAAAAUGAGUAUUAUGAACUAUGAUCAAGCCCUGGA